AUGUCAUACCACCACUUUCGUACCAACAGGUCAGACGUGGCUCCCCCAAGGGACAUUCCGGUUUGUCUGCAUGACCAGGAUGGCACGAUGCUCUACGAGGAUGACUUUGCUGGUCUUCGUAAUCGAAUCAUAAUGCUUAAUGAUGCUGCUACACUCGAAAAAUAUAUCGUAAAGGACCCUAUUGGAGCCUUAGCUCCCACGGACCUUUUUUAUCAUGAUCCUUUCUUCAUCGCUGCUAAAUAUGGAAGCACAGAUGCUCUUCACUUAUUGCUCGAACUCUACAAUAAUAUCGCCUGCCAGCACGCACAAAUAGAAACAGCAUGCUUCCUCCUGGACAGUCAACCACCACUUGGGAAUGUCCAUACUAGAAGCAAAUGCGGUGAUACAACACUACUACGUGUCGCGUCUUCUUUGGAAAUAUUUGAAUUUGAAGAUUUCAAAGAUAAUAAUUACAGUCUCGAAUGGAUUAGAGAACGAUUCGCUCGUAGCGAGGAUCUAAUGCAGCUUCUUCUUGACAGGGGUGCCUCUGCGCGCGACUCUAACACCGUGGGAACUUUCCGAGAACAUUAUGACAAAGGAAAAUCACAGCCUAGAGAUAUUGUCCUUGGACUGGCAGUUACGCAUGCCAGUUACGGUCUGGUAAAGCGUCUCAUUGGAAAAGGUGCUGAUAUACUUAGAAGGGACUGGUACCAGCGUAAGCCUACCAUUAGCUUUGGAGGUGAUUGUGUAAUAGAUGCACAGAAUGUCACUGCAGUUCACAUUAGCAGCUUAUACUGGAAUUAUUGGGCGCCUACCUUGCACUGGGCGGCUGCAGGUCCUACUUUUCGUAACGAACUCACAAUACCUGAGAGUGAGGUUGGCAUGCGGAUUAUCGAUACAUCCAAGUUGCUCCUGGAUGCCAUUCCCAAUAUUAUUAAUCUCCAGGACAAGGAGGGAGCAACGGCCCUACAUUACACAGUCUCAAGCCACGCUGAGUGUGGCGCUGGACAUUGUGGUGAUGCAAUCAGAUUUUUAUGCGAUAUUGGGAUCAAAUGCAGAGGUCAAAAACAAUAA